UGCGGGCCAUACUCGGCCCAGAUAACAAUCGUGUGUGUGUGUGUCUUGGACAAUUUUGGAUAUGUCUAUACUGCUGUAGUAUAAGAUUUCAAUGCAUGUAAUGUGUUUUGUUGUGCACAGGAGUGAUAUCUGUGAAAAUAUGAAGAGGGCCAAAGUGGAAAUUGAAGGAUACCUUCAUAGUGUGUCAGCUAUCUGUGAGGGUAGUGACAACAAGUACUUCACAGCGUUAAUCCAGGAAGCAGAUCGUAAUACCCGUAUGGUCAUUUUUGAUCUACAGAGACAUGAUGUGUUUCAAAAUGCAGAGAAGGACAGAACCCCUGUAAAGUUAUGCAAUGUCCAGCUUUCUCCAUCACGUUACAGAAGUGGUGAGACGGAUAUCAUUUUCAAUUCAGGUUCUACAUUAAGCUGUGUUCGUCAUCUGAAUUUCGUCUUUGAUGAGAGUUGUCGUGUUGAUGUUCGUGAUGUUACACUGAAGGAAAUUGUGGAAAAUGGUCGCGAGUAUCAAAGGGUGAAUAUCAAAGUCAAGGUGCUGCAGUUCAAUGAAGCCAGAGAUGCAUACACCCGCACUAGUCAAAAAAUGAUGACCAGGUGUUAUGAGGUUGCCGAUGUGACAAACAGCAUGUCCCUAACUGUAUGGGGUGGGGAAGUACUUAAUGUAGCAAAAUGGUACGCCCUCACUAAUGUGUCAGUGCGUAAAUUUGGGGGAUGUAAGUGUCUGUCGACUACAGCACAAAGUACAAUUACAGCUUGUGCUGACAAUUCAAUGGCGGUUGCAGAGAUAAGGCAGAACUUUGAGACGAAGGAGGGCAUCAUAGUAACAGCUGAUGUAAAGAUGGAAUAUUUCUGCCCAAAACGACAUGCCUUAUUAAAGGUAAAUCUGGAAACAUCUGUGACGAGGUGUCACCAAUGUGAUGCCUGCUGUCACACUUCGAGAAUUGUUGCCGCUUUAAGAGGCAAUAUUACAAUUGAGGAAAAAUGUGGCAAAAUGAAUAAUUUUGGCAUCGACGAUUUUCUGAUGAGAAAAUUGUUAAAUAUUUCUAACGAGAGCACCCCUGACCCAGAUGCACUUGUUGCAAUGCUGCUUGGAGAUGGGUCAGCAUCUGUACAAGUCAAAUUUCGCGGUCAGAGGGUCAUUGACGUUGUAUUUGUCAAAAAAAGCACAAACGCAUUAGCUGACAAAGAAGAAAGUGUAAUGGGAACGAGUCAUGACAUGGGCGAGUGUUCAGAACUGUUCCUUGAAGAACUGUUCUCAGAGGAUCAGUCAGAGGAAGUAACUCAGUUGAAUACAAAUGUUAGUGAGCAGGGUAGCAAAAUGUCACACCAAUGUGAUAUGUCGGAUAGGGUUGGAAUGGCAGCUGAGUCGUCAAAGAGAAAAACUCCAAGGUCUAAAAAGUGAAACUCUUAGAUUACUUAAAUUAGUUAAUUACUGACAUUUUCUCUGUAUUUAACUGAAAUCCAAGUACUCUAACAUAAAGCUGCAAUUGUACAUAGUUUUAUAUAUUGAAAGUUUGUGUUUUGUGAAUUAUUGUAAAUUCUAAUGUUAAUCAAGAAGAAAAUGCAUGUUAAUAGUAGUUUUUAUUUAGUUUUAAAUGUUAUUGUUUUAUAAA